ACUUUCGCCGGUGAAGAAAAGUGCGACAUCACUCUAAACAAUCAACAUGUCUUUAGUUAGAAUGAUAGGAGAAGACUCGCAGUUUAAUGCGGAGCUGACAAACGCUGGUUCUAAGCUCACUGUCGUCUAUUUCUUUGCAUCAUGGUGUGAGCCAUGCAGAAUGGUGACACCCGAGUAUAAACAAAUCAGUAACAAAUACCCCAACGUGGUUUUUCUGAAAAUUGAUGUGGAUCAGUGUAGGGAAACUGCACAAAGCCAGCAGGUCACUGCCAUGCCAACAUUCAUCCUUUACAAAAACAAAGAAGUAGUGGAUAGUCUAAAAGGGACAGAUCUUAAUCAGCUUGAGGAGAAAAUAAAACAACAUGGGGGAAACGCUCAGGAAGGGGAAGACGACACAGCCAUUAAGGGUCAUAUUGAUCUAGCAUCCGUUAUCAACAAGUCUGGCUGUGAAUGUCUAAAUGAGGCAGACGACCACCCACUAGAACAUGCGUUCACGACAAAGGGAGGCUACUUAGAAUCGGACUGUGAUGAACAGUUGAUAAUAAGUGUUGAAUUCAACCAAAGUGUGAAAUUACAUUCCCUGAAAAUAUAUGGACCUGCAGAAAAUGGACCCAAAACGGUGAAAGUUUUCCAGAAUCUUCCCAAUUCCCUGGACUUUGAUAAAGCUGAACACAUGGAACCCACACAGACUUUAGAACUCACUCCAGAUGAUGUGAAAGAAGGCACCUUGAUAAAUCUGCGAUAUGUUAAAUAUCAGAAUGUUACAAGCAUUACAUUAUUUGUAAAAGACAAUUUGGAUGAUUCUGAAACAACCAGGAUAGAUUACCUGGGAUUUGUAGGCAGUACAGGUGCUUCCACAAAUAUGGCCGACUUCAAACGGGUUGCAGGAAAGAAAGGAGAGAGUCACUAACAGCAGGAUAUCUCUGACAGAAAAAUUGAAAACUUUAUGACAAUUUCCCAAAAUCUACCAGUGUAGUGAUAUGUUAAAUUGAAGUUUUUUCAGUAUGAUAUGGAACUGUCUAUAUUCAGCGGUUUUCAGACGAUGUGAAUAAGUUCUUGUGGGUUGGAAUAUCAACUGCUACAAUGAAGUCCUUGAUAAAAAACCCUGUAAAAUCUUCUGCUUUUGUGGCAGGGUUACUUCCCUUGAAUUUGUUCACAAAAUGAUAAACAGAUGACAUUAAACAUGGGUUAUUCUACUUGUGGAUUUUGAUAGCAAGAUUUAACCAUAAAAUCAAGUUCCAACUAAUAUUUUUUUAACCAUGAGAUUGAAGACCCCACAAAAAUAUGUUAUUUUACAGUAAAUGAAUCUUUUAAAAGUUAUACAGAUAUUACACUAUUUAUCAUGGAGGUUAUUUUUGAUAAAAAUUGGCAACAAAUAUGAGGAAUGCAGAGUGGAAACUAUGUAAAAGUCUGGAGGAACUGAUUUAUGUAAUACAUGUACCAAGCAAUUGUAUUGUUGGGGCAGUAUCAUGGGUUACAAGAUAUUAAACGUAGAUUUUUGUCAGAUA